GGCAGGCGUGGACUGAACGAGGGUGAAAAUACUUGAACAAUCUCACGAGAAAAUAUGAGAUUUUACUGAUUAUUGUUUACAUUGCAAAAACAUGAGAUUCGAACCGAAUCGAUCCGGAUUCAACUGAAACGCUUACAACAGCACAACUUCCGAAACAGAUUGGUUUCUACCCUGCGGCGAGGAAGGCGAUCGGAGCCGAACUUCUUUUUUGAUCGAGCUGAAAGCCAGGACCCGAAAUUCAUCUCACCACCGGGGGAGAAAAGAUAGGGGUUAACUCACGCUAGCCUAAAGACUAAAUAGAAAAACAGGUGGAAAACGCAGAUUGUUGAGGGUCGUCGUUGAGUGGAAUUAGAAAACAAAACCCUGCGUGAUACACGGUGUGGUCCUCGGGGAGGAGGAUGUGAUGGGGAUCCCCGCCUAAGGAGUACAGCAAGGCGGGUUAGGGAUACCCGGAGUCGUCGAGGCCUCCGAGGGAAUCCUCCGUCGUCUACCUUGAGCUACACCGCGCGCUCCCGUGUCUUGAUCGUUAACAAUCAGCACGCGAGGGACGGGGCGGUGGAUGCGGCCUAGCCUGGGAGGGUCUGCCGAGCACCGGGGAAACAACGGGGACGGUUUCAGGGUUAACAACAGGCCCUCUGGAGGACCGUAAAAACGUUAAAUUGCACCAUGAUGGAAGAACUGCAUAGCCUGGACCCCCGACGGCAAGAGCUGUUGGAGGCUCGCUUCACUGGGGUCGGCGUAGCUAAGGGCUCGGGUCAGAACCAAAAUGAGUCAUCCAAUCAGAGUCUAUGCAGCGUGGGUUCACUCAGUGACAAAGAGCUAGAGACCCCUGAGAAAAAAGCAAAUGACCAGAGAGUGAGAAAACGGAAAGCAGAACAUUUCGACAACAGCCAAGGAAAAGCAGGAGCAAGGGGACACAAAAUUAGUGAUUAUUUUGAGUUUGCGGGAGGUAGUGGUCCUGGUACCAGCCCUGCCAGGGGAAUCCCACCAGUGGUACGCUCUUCCCCACAGCACUCGCUCUCCAACCCUCCUGUCACGGUGCAGCAGGGAAGCCCGUCAUCCGUAAGCUCGGUCAACACAGAGCACUCGACAUGUUCACUGAAGCCUACUUCUCUUCACAUGCUCCACAAAGCCACACAGUCUGACCUUACCAUAGAGAAACUAACAGCAAUGGAGAACAACAAGAACUCUGACCUGGAGAAGAAGGAGGGCCGAAUAGACGAUUUGUUGAGGGCAAACUGUGAUCUAAGGAGACAGAUUGAUGAACAGCAGAGGAUGCUGGAACGAUACAAGGAACGCUUGAAUAAGUGUGUGACCAUGUCCAAGAAGCUGCUGAUAGAGAAAUCAAAACAGGAGAAAAUGGCAUGCCGAGACAAAAGCAUGCAGGACAGGCUCCGACUGGGUCACUUCACUACGGUUAGACACGGUGCUUCUUUCACUGAGCAGUGGACGGAUGGAUAUGCCUUCCAAAACCUUAUCAAGCAACAAGAAAGGAUUAAUUCCCAGCGAGAGGACAUCGAGAGACAGAGGAAACUCCUGGCCAAACGCAAGCCGCCGUCCAUGGCCCAGACUCCGCCCCCAAGCCUGGAGCAAAAUAAACGCAAAAGCAAGGCCAAUGGAACAGAAAGUGAAGCGUACGGUGCUUUUGUGUGCUUCUUAUUUUUCAAACUCCCUGUGUGUACAUUCAAAGUUUCACUGAGGUUAUUUCUUUAUCUUUCCAGGUUAUCACAGGCAGAGUAUCAUGAGCAAGAAGAAAUCUUUAAGCUAAGACUAGGCCAUCUUAAGAAGGAGGAGGCAGAGAUCCAGGCAGAGCUGGAGAGGUUGGAGCGAGUGCGAAAUCUGCACAUCCGUGAGCUGAAAAGGAUCCACAAUGAGGAUAAUUCUCAAUUUAAAGAUCACCCUACGCUAAAUGACAGAUACCUUCUUCUACAUUUACUUGGAAGGGGAGGUUUCAGUGAAGUUUACAAGGCUUUUGAUUUAACAGAGCAAAGGUAUGUUGCGGUCAAAAUCCACCAGUUAAACAAGAACUGGAGGGAUGAGAAGAAGGAAAAUUAUCACAAACAUGCAUGUCGAGAAUAUAGAAUUCAUAAAGAGCUGGACCACCCACGAAUAGUAAAGCUCUACGACUACUUUUCGCUUGACACUGACUCGUUCUGCACAGUCCUAGAGUACUGUGAGGGCAACGACCUGGACUUCUACCUGAAGCAGCACAAGCUCAUGUCUGAGAAAGAGGGCCGCUCCAUCAUCAUGCAGAUUGUUAACGCCCUCAAGUACCUCAAUGAGAUCAGACCGCCUAUUAUCCACUACGACCUCAAACCUGGUAACAUCCUCCUGGUGAAUGGCACAGCCUGCGGUGAGAUUAAGAUCACAGAUUUUGGGCUGUCCAAGAUCAUGGAUGAUGACAGCUACAACUCAGUGGAUGGGAUGGAGCUGACGUCACAGGGUGCCGGGACAUACUGGUAUCUGCCCCCUGAGUGCUUUGUGGUCGGAAAGGAACCGCCCAAAAUCUCCAACAAGGUGGAUGUGUGGUCCGUCGGAGUCAUUUUUUACCAGUGUUUGUAUGGCCGCAAGCCCUUUGGUCAUAACCAGUCUCAGCAGGACAUCCUACAAGAGAACACCAUUCUGAAGGCAACAGAUGUGCAGUUCCCCCCUAAACCAGUAGUCACACCUGAAGCUAAGGCCUUUAUAAGGCGCUGUCUAGUCUACCGUAAGGAGGAUCGCAUCGAUGUGCACCAGCUGGCCAGUGACCCCUUCCUCAUGCCCCACAUCCGCAAGUCGGUGGCCUCGUCAGGCACCUCAGGCAUGGCUGUGGCCUCCACCUCCAGCUCCUCAAACAGCAGCGCUUCAAACUGAGCACACGACCCUUACUGACUGACUGAUCUGUUUGAAAGAGUGGGGUAGUGGUGACACCAUACUGUGUCCUCCCCUUCCAACAGCAUCCCACCUUGCCAUGAAGAGCCUAAGAGAAACUGGUCAGAAGAUGGCAAGGGGUGGGUGAGAAGUCAUGGAGAGGAUUGAGAAGGGAGACCCUCGUCCACUCUUCACCUCUCACAUGUCCACCCACCCCAGCCUGCCUGUCCUCCUUUCUCAAAAGGGUGGCAUUGUUCAGGGGGUUCAAAGCCCUGGACGACUCAACACAGCAAGGGGCGAGGGUUGGUACUGUGUUGGUGAAAAGUGGGGUUCGGUGUUUGGGGUUAUUCUUUUUCUGCUUAAAAAAGAGAAAAUAAGAAGUAUAGUACUGCUUCAGCUUGGCCAGAUGGGACUGCGGAAGGCCUCAUACCCAUACGCACUCACACACCCAUGCAUGAGCCAUUCUGGUCCGAGGUAGUCUUAAGUCCCCAGAAGCAAACAUUUUGUUUGUACUCAUCUCCCAAAACUUUGCUGAGACAACUGGUCUGGCCUGUUAUUGUAUUGAACCCUAAAUAUCUAUGGCACUAUGUCAUCCCACCCUGCUGUUCUGGGAUCCCCUUCCCCGCUUAAAUUCCAGACCCACUAUAGUUUGUGACGAGGAGGGACAGAAGCUACUUAUACCCCUCAGCCCCCUCUUUCUCCUCGUCAAACUCCUGUGACCAAAGCUUAGAACUUCCAGCUGGUGGCAGUGUUCCACCUCAGUUUUUAUAACGAAUGGUUUUAGAGUCGUGUUACUUGAUAUGGAGUGGAAGAUGAUGAGAAGCAACCCCUUUUACAUUUUUUUAAAAAACGUUUCAAUUUAACCAGUUUUAUGGAGAAAACUGUUGUGUUUUUCAAGUUGCCUUUAAUUAGAACUGUUAUUGUUUUGAUUGACCCCCUACCAUAAACACAUAUUUAUUUAGGUAUGUUUGAAUUUAUUUUGGCCAAUAAAAUGCAAGGGACUGGUUGACCUAAUAAUACCGUUGGGGGGAGAUUGGGCCUUAGCAGAGAGUUGCAUAAACCAUUAAAUACUAUUGGUUAAAAUGUG